ACAAAGGAGUAGUGAGCGUCGUAGUGUUGUGGUUAAUAUAUUUGGUAUGUUAGAAGUUCGUACGUAAAUUACAAAAUAAGAUUGAUUUUCAACGUAAAAUUGUUAAGCGUUACUUAAUUCGUACAGGUAGUAAAGCGCACAAAGUAAAUAAUGUAAGCAACCGUAAAUAUCUGUGACAGGUAGCCGGUUUGACAGUCAAAAAAUGUCAAUGUAAAUGUUGACAGUUAACUAUUUGUAAUAAAUUCGAAUUCCGAAAUGAAUUUUGGUGGUACCGUACGUCUAAACCGAAUGGGCGUCUGCAUAAUAAUUGGAGCAUGUUGCCUAUUAGUGCUGUAUAUAAACUCUAAUGGCAUGGAAAGCCUAAAAACAGAACCAGGAAAGAAUACUGGCUCUGUAAAUUUAAAAAGCUUAUUGGUUGCUGCCGUUGAAGUUGCAAUAAAAGGAGGAAAAGAAAUUGCUGCCGUAAGAAAUAAAUCUAAUAAUGGCGAAAGAAGCAAAGGUAAAACGAAGGAAGGGGUAAACGAUCCAGUGACGAAAGCAGACUACAAUUCCCAUUGUGUUAUGUACUACAGCUUCAUCCAUUCUUUUCCAAAGAUCAAAGUAAUUUCAGAGGAAGGUAUAAAGGAAGAUGACUGUAAAAUUUUAUCCCAUCUGGAGGACAAUUCAGAUGGCACUGAUAACCUGAGCCCACUGGAUGAUCAGUUUGUGCCAGCAGAGGAUGUCACAGUAUGGAUUGACCCUUUGGAUGCAACAAAAGAGUUCACAGAAAAUCAGCUGCAAUAUGUUACAACGAUGGUGUGUGUUGCUGUUAAGGGGAAUCCCAUCAUUGGAGUUAUUCAUAAACCGUUUGAUGCACAGACAUUUUGGGCAUGGGAAGACAAAAGUCUAUCUGAUAACCUGAAAAUUUUCGAGGCCGAGGAGAGCUCUGGUAUAAGGAUAAUCAUGUCGAUGUCUCACCCGGGCUUGGCUAAGAAUAUUUCUGAACAGGCAUUUGGAAAAUAUCUCAAGAUCAUUCCUGCAGCAGGGGCAGGGUACAAGUCAUUGGAGGUGGUGAGCAGACAUGUUGAUGCCUAUCUUCACAUGACGGAAAUUAAGAAGUGGGAUAUUUGCGCUGGCAAUGCCAUCAUUAAUGCCCUUGGUGGAAAAAUGACAACACUGUCAAAUGAAGUUCUGGAUUACUCUUCUGAAGAUACUGUUAACACAAAAGGUGUUUUGGCAACCAUGGAGAAGCAUGAAUUCUACUUGGAGAAGCUGAAACCAUUUAAGCUGUAGGACACAACUGUUUUCACUGUAUUGUGUGCGUGAUUCUGGAACAGUUUUACAAUACGGUGACCAAAUCUUUCAUUUUAAAUUCCGUUAACAGUUAUUCUAAACUUCCACAUGCCUGUCACUCUUGCAUAAUGCAGACUUUUAUAACUCUUACCUGGACCUCUGUGUCAAAUCAGAGCAAGGCCUGGUUAGCCAUCCCCUGGCCUUGGUGUGAUAUCAGAGAAAAGAAUCCUAUAUUUUUGGUGUGAUAUCACACCUCUUUGGCACUAUAUAAACUAAAUGUUGGAAAUUGAAAUAUAUAAGGUUCUUCCAUAUAAAAUUGAACAUUUUUACUGAUUAAUAUAGAUACAAUUUGUAUUGAUAGACAGUUUAUUUCUUGUAAAUGACCUACCGACCAAGAGAGGAAUUUAAAUGCUUAUAAUUACAGAAGGGACUAACCAACUUAAAGCAACUUGUCACUGUACUGUAAAGAGGUACAGAAAUUUUACUGGAGGGUUACUUAAAUCUUAUAUUAGUAAUAAAAAUAACAGUACAUGUUGCGAUGAAAGAAUUUCAAGAAUAAUUCAUAUAUAUAUUUUCCCCUUUUACAAUAAAAAUAUACUAGAAAAAUAAAUAUAUAUAAAAGUAA